UUUUUUCAAAGUGGUUUAAAGAAUCACGUAUUUCAUAGUUUAAAAACGCGUUAUAUUCCAAUAUCAUUAUCGGAAACUAAUUCAGCUACAUUGUGUUUAGCUUCUAUUUAAAUGGAAAGACCUUAACGAUUUUUAUGAAAUUCAUGGAAGUUCUUUCAGUUUUAUUUUCAAUUUUGCAAGGCCUGACGGUAGAAGUCGCCCUUGUGCAAAUUAUGUAAAUGUUGAACUACUGAAUUGGUGGUUAUCGGCAGUUGCUCAAGAGUUGAAAGAUAUCAAUUAUCAAAUCGACCUUGGCAGGAUAUUCAGAAGUUUUCGCUUAUCAGUAAAACUGGAUAUAUACAAAUAAAUGUUCAUGCUUGCCGAUUUGAUUAUUGACUUUAAUUAUGCGUUUAUUUUCAAAAUAACACAUUCGGUUGAAUUGUGCGUGCGUUUUUAAAUAUUCAACCUUUUUUUAUAAAAAAAGUAAGACGAGGCUGCAAAUUUUGAAGACGAUGCAGACGACAUUCAAGUAUUGACAAGCCGGGGGAAAUCGAGCGAUGAGUAAUAUUGGACUCACGAGUAGCACGAGAAAUUUGACGGUGAUUGCAAGGAACGUUACAGAUGGAUUUUAUUACGCAGGUUUUAUUACAAGUGGCAUCAUACCAGAAGAAGGUUCUCAUCGUGUUAUAUUCUACAACAUCCAACCACAAGAUGUGCCAACUAAUCACGUGAUCAACAUAGGUGGCGCUGUACCAUGGCCCACGUUAAAGAUCGGCGACUAUGUGUUGGUUGGUGUCCGAUGUAGAACGAGUGGUUUGGAAUGCUAUAUGCCAGGACGUGUGAUGAGCAUACCCCUAGAUAUCCGACAUGAAAACAGAUUCUACACAGUGAGACUUUAUACAGGACGAAUGACAACCAAACCUCGAAGAUACAUCAUAAAAAUUGGCAAAGAAAUGUUUGACGACAUUUUGAGAUAUGUAGCCAAUGUUCGCUACAAACGGCUCAUAAAAUAUGACUCGGAACCGAACUUAAGGAAAAGACUUCUCGACCGUGGACAGCGUGGAUUUAGUGCCUUAAGGAAGAAAAGGGGUGCAAAGCGAGCCGUGUCUGCAGAAAACAUCAGACUGAAACAUCAACAUCAUCAUCAUCAUUAUUAUCAUCAUUUUUAUGAUCAUCCCGAUAAGCCAUGGAGUUUUCCACCACCAUCUGUACCAACUCCCGAAAUUUCUCCUGACAACAGACCACAUCCUGGACCACAACCUUGGAAGCUCCCGGUCCCGGUUUCCCCUCAGAAACCAAAAACAUACACGCAAAGCGUUCAGGUGCCCUCACGGACAAGUACGCCUGCUGUACCUCACUAUAACCACCAUCCACCAAAACCAAAUGGAGAAGCUUUUGCAGGCAGGACGAAACCAGUGGACAGACCGUUCAGAAAGAAACCAGUGAAGUGUAACGAAGAAGUUUUAGCACGAUGGUCAGACGACGGAUGGUAUUAUUUCGGUAUGGUCACUGAAGUAGAUGACGGCUCUGUAAAAGUUUUAGACGCUACCGGGCACGAGGAAUGGAUAAAACAAGAGGACAUUCUUCUCAGUGAAGAAAAUCAAAAUGACACGAUUAAGCAAUAUGACAAGGUUAUAGCUCUGCAUCCAAGAUAUGUGUACAGCUACGCUCCUGCGACUGUUCUAAAUGUCUGUAAUUUCGGAUACCAUGUAAAGUUUUACGACGAUACCGAAAGAAGACUUCCGGGAUCCGAAGUCUAUAAAAUAUCUCCUAGAAAAUACACAGAAGUUGUAAAAUAUAUUAAAGAUCAAGAGUUAAAGACGUCCGGACGUGUUUUAGCUAGGGACGAUGUCAGCGGUUUGUAUAGGCACUUUGUAGCAGAAACACCAGACCAUCAGACACAGCAGAUUGUCCUAAAGUUGCCAAACAACAGAGACAAAAAUCAGAUGGCUAUACAUGUGUUCCCGCAAAACGGGCGUAAGCGUAAAUUUGACCGGAAUUGGAAAUACGUGAUUGGACCCUUAGAUCCUUCCUGCACAAUGUAUCUUCCCGCCGAAAUUGUUUGCAGACGGCCGCUACGCCUUAUGUUUUGCAAUGGGAAGAAAAAUGAUCAUGUCAAGUUGAAACAGUGUUUCUACAUUAGUGAGGACUAUUACAAGAACGCUACCAGAUAUUUCUUUGCUAAUAAUUCAAACAUUAUUAAGAAUUAAUAACCUUUACGCAAACAAAUUUAUGUAAUAAUGAGAUUAAAAUUGCAUUUUAGGUCUAAGUGUGUGGAAAUAAAAUGUUACCUAAAAUUAUACUUUUACGAAGUGUUUCUGUGAUAUGCAGAGCCCCCUAGCUGUGAAUCAAUUUUAUUUUUAUUUAUGGCCGCCAUCGAUUAACUCCCCCGCUCUAACAUGUAGGGCAGGGGGGAGACUGAAUGCAACUUGUCCAAAUUGAAGAAGCCUCCGUAGUGUAGUUGUUGUUUUUUUUCAACUACUACAUAUAAAUCAUCCAUACUUGAGAACCUUUUAUCCGAAAAAAUGUAUGUUAUAAGAAUUUUUCACUGGUUGAAGGUGCAGAUUGAAAUAUCCGACUCGAUGAUAACUGUUUAGGCGGUAAUAAGGCUCUGCCGAGUUAAAACAAAACGGUUAACCGAGUUUCAGAUAUUUCCAUCUACCCCUUCAGUCAGCGAUACAUUCUUUUUCUUGCAUACCAUAUUCUUUAAAGGUUAAAAGUAAUAAAUCUAAUGUGUAUCUUUAAAUCACAAUUUGAUUUAUUACAGUGUAUGAAUUUACGCAUUUAUUCCUAAAUUACAGCACGUGAAUCGGGGAGUCUUUCACUGGUUGAAAAAUCGGAUCAAAGGUAACUUGACAGUUACCGUCGAGCCAGAUAUUUCAAUUCGAUUUUUCAACCAACGAAAGAUUCUUACAUUCAAGCGCCGACAAAAACACAGAAAAGUCCUGUCUGGCUUGCAAGAAAAUAUUAGUUUUAGAAGCGCGGACGUGUCUUACCCAGGGACAACUAAUUCCGCUGUCUUUUUGUAGUUGUUACAGAAUAACCUCAUCUACUUAGAAUGUUACUGACGCUUUAUUGCUAUUAUUCUAUUAAAAUGAAUUGCAAAGAAA